UGCAAUCACUAUCAAUCAACAGGGGAGAUACACGGACAGAUGUGGGUUUCGAUCAACGGUGAGAUUUGCGAUGUUUGACCCAAAGCUGAGAGAGAGUUGUGGAGAGACUUCAGUCUGACUUAGACCACUGAGGUAUUCCACCACUUUAAUGCAGAGACAGAAUGGGGAGUCUUAAGGACGAGAUGAGGGGUCUUAGAGAGGAGGACCACAAUCCCUGUGAGAAGGCGGAUGAUGGAGAGCGUCCAGGUGGCUCAGAUGGCAGCGCUGUGCCUGAGGGACCUCAGAUUAACACGAGUCAGGAGUCAACAAAUCAGGGGGACUAUCAGCCAAAACUUCACAUGAAUGCCAGCUAUGCUGAAGAGAGAGACAAGAUUCCAAUAUCCAAAGAUCAAGUACUGUCAGGAGGGGUUUCUGACACAGCUGACCAAUCAGACUCUAUAGGAGGUAAAGACUCUACGCAGACUGACACCAUCCCUUUGAUGCAACAGCCUGAAGCUGAUAAAACAACAGCAGCUACACAUAAUGGUACGACAAUCUCCAGUAAUAAGUUCCCAAGUGAUGGAGAUGGAGACAGUGAAAUUCAGGGGGAAAUGCCAAAGGAUGAAAACACAAGUCAUGACAGAGAAAAAGUGGCAGAAAUUGAAAAUAUCUCUGUGCCUAUACCAGUAACUCCAGGCCCCUUGGACCCACGUUCCCCUGCCCCUGUUGGUCAGCACCACAUGCGCACACAGGUCAGCCUGGAGGUGGUCCAGUGUUGCUCAGCAGCCACCAGCCCUAUGACGCCUCCGGAGGGCAGCCAUUCCUUUUUCUUCCCAAGCUCUUUUGGUAGAUCUGGAGCAGUGGGUGCUGACACCAAAGAUGCUGAGUUACAGGUGGGUCAGCAGGUGGAGUUCUGCUCUGUUGCUACGUCCCCCAUGACUCCAAAGACACCAUCCACCACGGCUUUCCCAGAACUUAUCGGGAGAGAGACGGUGCAGAAGGAGGAGAAGGUGAAAAAGAGUGAGGGGCAGAGGGACAGUGGCCACCAAGACAAAAAGACAAAGAGUCCAGCAGAGGCUGAGUUACAGAUAACUGGAGCUAUCAAAUUUACCACAUCAAAGGAGCUGAGUGAAGACUUCAGCUCAAAUACAUCUCCAGAGAGCUCCACCAGCUGCCCUGAUGCUGGCUUAAUAGAUUCACAAGUAACUCUGGAGGAUAGUAAGCAGCAAUGUAAGCAGCAGAGAAUGGGAAGUAUGGAUCAAGACAUUACAAUCCUAGUGACCCACUAUGACAACAAUGAAGAUGAAGAGGGGGAGUCAUCUUUUUAUCCAACAGAGCCAGAGAUGGUCAAAAUAGAUGAAUAUGAGGAAAAUAUCCUCACAGAAACUGUGGCUCCUCAUCAUGCACAGGAUAUAUUGAACACAAACCCUCCACAAAACGAAGCUGAGGAGUCCUCUGUUGCUGCUUUUGAUGAUGUAAAAACAGACGUGAAAUGUGACAAUUCAGAGGUCAAAGAAAACAAAGGUGCAUGUGAGGAGCUGGGAGGGGUUUCCGUGACAAAGCCUCCCGUCCCUGAAUCUCCAGCUCCCUUUGGCUGCCACAACAUCCGCACACAGGUGAGCCUAGAGGUGGUGCAGUGUCAGUCUGUAGCUACCAGCCCCAUGACCCCUCCUGAGGGGGACCACGCCUUCUACUUCCCCAGCUCUUUUGGAAAGUGUUCAGCUGUGGGUACAGAGACUAAAGACGCUGAGCUGCAGGUGGGUCAGCAGGUGGAGUUUCGCUCUGUCGCUACAGCACCUAUGACUCCAAGAACGCCCACCAUCACAACUUUUCCUGAGAUCAGGAAGGAAGCCAGCAUAGAGGAGAAGAUAGUGGAGGAGGAAGAUGAUAAAAAGGAGCAGGUGGUGAAAGACAAAGAGGAAACAGUUGAAGAGGAGGAGAAAGCAACCGAAGAGAAAAAGGUAGAAGCAGGUGUGGAGAAAGUAACCGAAGAGAAAAAGGUGGAAGCAGUUGAGGAAAAACUAACCGAAGAGAAAAAGGUGGAAGCAGUUGAGGAGAAACUAAUCGAAGAGAAAAAGGUGGAAGCAGUUGAGGAGAAACUAACUGAAGAGAAAAAGGUGGAAGUAGUGGAGGAGAAAGUAACUGAAGAGAAAAAGGUUGAUGCAGUUGAGGAGAAACUAACCGAAGAGGAAAAGGUGGAAGCAGUUAAGGAGAAAGUAACCGAAGAGAAAAAGGUGGAAGCAGUUGAGGAGAAACUAACCGAAGAGAAAAAGGUGGAAGCAUCUGAAGAAGACACAAAGGAUGCAAAAAACUGUAAGGAGAAAGCUGAGGAGCCGGUGCAGGAGGUGAGCUGGGAUGAAAAGGGGAUGACGUGGGAGGUGUAUGGGGCGGUGGUGGAGGUGACUGUGCUGGGCUCAGCUAUCCAGAAACACCUGGAGAAACAGGUGAAGAAGAGGCAGCCCUCCAUGCCUCCCCCUCCUCCACUUAACCCCUCGGCCAUACCCCUCUCUUCAGAAUCCACUAAGGGGGGUUCAGGUAAGGGCCGGGCAGGGAAGAGGGGAGAGCAGGAUUCAGAGGUGAGCCGACGCAGAAGAAACCCCUUCCGUCUGAUGAUGGAGAACAUGCAGCAGCCACAUUGUUGCUCCAAAGCUCAUACCACUGAGUGACAUAAGAAUUAAAAACAACAACAGCUGGUUGGAGGAAAAAAAACCCUGUGCUGGAAAAUCACGUAAUGUGAUACAGCGCAUUCACUGAUUUACUUCAAUGUGACAGUGUGUUGAGAAAUCACCUCCUCACACAGGACAAAAAAAAGCACAAAAGCAUUUAAUAUACAACUUCUAUCAUGGAGCAUUGAUCGCUGAGAAUAUCAGUCGUAGAAGAUGGAUUUUAUUGUGUUUUCUUGGAAUUCCACGUUUCCCAUGUUUUGGAAAAAUGAGGCUGAUAUAUCAGUGUCAUCGUUAGCUCUUCUCUUUGAAUGUUUUUCACCCGGGCCAUUCAUUUGUCCAUGAGUCAUUUUAGCUAUUGAUGCUUUUUUUUUAUGCACCUCAGACACCUAAGAUAUGAAGCCAUGGUAACCGUCCUACUGGUUGCUGAACACAGCUUCAAUGGAGAGGGUUGCUAGCAGAGUGACAGUUUUAUGAAGUCACUACAACCUGGAGGUUAUUUUAUUCUGCUUGGAAGUUGAAGUUGACCUAAAUGUUGCCUUGAUCAGUGUGAGAGGAGUCCCUACUAUUAGUGCAGGCUUUUGUAUGUCUUAUAUUCUGCUUUUAGAUUUGGCACGUUUUAACUUGUUUGUGUUGUGAAAAGUAUAAAAAUGUACUGAUGACGAGCACAAUCAUGAUCACUUGAGAAAAGUAAUAAGUCCUGAUGAGGGUAUUUUUACUACUUACUGUAAUUUA